UGGACGCACUUGCAUCUUCCAUAAGCACCAUGACUGGACUCACUGCCUGCCUCCUUCUGGCUUUGGCCAGCAGUGCCUUCGCUGGCAACCUCCAAGGAGGCCUUGGCUUCGGAGGCCUAGCGUACGGAGGCCUUGGCUAUGGCGGCCUCGGUUACUCCGGCCUCGGCUAUGGGUACGGCCUUGGCUCCGGCUACGGUCUUGGCUACGGCUACGGCCUUGGUUACGGUAGCGGCCUCGGCUAUGGUCAUGGUCUCGGUAUUAGCGGUUAUGCCGUCGCUGCCCCAGCUGUCACCAGGGUCUCUACUGUGCAGCAUGCCCCAGCUGUUGCCUCUUACGCCGUUGCCCCAGUUGCCACCUACGCUGCUGCUCCAGCUGUUACCAGGGUGUCCACCGUUCAGCAUGCUCCAGCUGUUGCCUCUUAUGCCGUUGCCCCAGUCGCCACCUACGCUGCUGCUCCAGCUGUUACCAGGGUGUCCACCGUUCAGCAUGCCCCAGCUGUUGCCUCCUACGCCGUCGCUCCAGUCGCCUCCUACGCGGUUGCCCCAGCGGUGACCCGGGUGUCUACUGUCCAUCAUGCCCCAGCUGUUGCCUCCUACGCCGUUGCCCCAGUCGCCUCCUACGCUGUUGCCCCAGCUGUCACCAAGGUUGCCACCGCCUACCACGCUGCUCCAGCCAUCACCACCGUGGCUCACGCUCCAUCCUUCGGCUACGGCUACGGCGUUGGACACCUCGGAUACGGUCUCGGACACUUCGGCUACGGACAUGGUCUCUCCAGCUACGGCCUGAACUACGGUUAUGGUCUUGGCUCUUACGGAGACUACGCCACCCUCCUCCGCAAGAAGAAGUAAAUAGGAAGCUAUAUCCUGGGAUCCUCGAACGUCGAAGAAGAGAAACACUCCAGAAUACAAACUUGGUUUGUGUUCCCAUUUCUUGUAUAGAGUGGGAACUCCAAAUAAAUUAUAUUGCCUGCGAUA